GGAGACUUUUAAAACAAAAAAUAAAUUUGGGAGGGAAGGCUGCAAACGGAAAAAGAUCAGAUGGAGAAGCAGUGUUGGCGAACUUCGCCGGCGCAUCGCUCACUACAUCAAGACAUCUAAUUUCAAGCUGAUAAAAGAUCCGAAGAAAAAUGUGUUGAGUGAUGCUUCUUGGGAGGAUAGUUCCAAAAUAAGGAACUUGAUUCAUGAAUCCUUGCCCCGAAUUAAAAUAAGUAAAGUUAUGAAAGUAGACAACCCAUAUCUUGCUGCAAUGUAUGAGCUAACAAAAGAGGAAUACUCGAGCCGUUAUGGGAUCCGUCAUGUAGAGCUGACGGGCAAGAUGUUUCAUGCAACCCAUCCGAGCAAUGUUGAUUCGAUUGUUGAAGACAACCUGGACUGGCGGAGGGUUGUGAGAUGCAGAUAUGGCAGAGGAACCAGUUUCUCAGGCAUCGCAGACUACGCCAACUGUCAUGCAAAUAGAGGGAACGGAACUAACCGAGCUUUUAUCAUCUGCAAAGUUCUUGAGUAUAGACAUACAAGAGGUACUAGUAGUAUGCUUAUUCCACCAGAAGGAUUUGACACUACAACUGGUGAUGGAGAAGACAAAAUUGCUCGUAUUAUUUGUAGAAGAGCAGUUCAUACAAAACAUUACAACAACACAGCUGCUGCAGCAACAGCAGACAGCGACAGCGGAGAGCACAAGUUCACAUGUACAGAAACCUUAUACUGA